AUGCACUUCCUCGCCACCCUCGGUCUUAUCUUCGCGGCAACCACCGCGCUCGCCGCCCCUGCCGGGGAGCUCGAAGCCCGGCAAUCACUGAGCAGCUCGCGCAACGACGUCAAGAGCCGCAAGUGUGCGCCCGUCACUGUCAUCUUCGCCCGUGGCACCACCGAACUAGGCAACGUUGGAUCUAUUGCUGGUCCCCCGUUCUUUACCGCCAUCGAUAAGGCUGUUGGCAGUAUCGCCGUCCAGGGGGUCGACUAUCCCGCCGAUGUCGUCGGUUUCUUGGCUGGCGGCAGCAGCGACGGCGCAAAGAACAUGGCUCAGUAUGCUCAAACCGCCAUCACAAACUGCCCAGACACCAAGCUUGUCAUGUCCGGCUACAGUCAAGGGGCCCAAGUCGCCCGCAAGGCCGUCAACCAGCUGGGCGCUGCGCAGAGUAGUAUUGGGGCCAUUGUACUCUUCGGUGACCCAAACAACGGUGACUCCUGGGGUGCGCUCCAGGCCAAGACCAAGACGUUCUGCAACGUCGGGGAUCUUAUCUGUGCCGGAACCAGCGUGAUCCUGCCGGCUCACUUGACUUACGGCUCGGAUGCUACCGCCGCUGCCAAUUUCGUGAAGCAGAUGGUUGGUGCUUGA